AUGUCGUCCGCCGCCGUCCCGGCGUGGAAGCGAUUGGGUCUGAAGCUCAAGGCAUCCGACAGCCAAACAGAGAGCCACGCCGCCGCCCAACAGCCCGGCGCUGCUGCUGCUGCUGCUGCUGCUGCUCCUCCGUCCUCCACCCUCUCGAGCCCAGCACCGCGCUCAGCUGCUGCUUCCCAAGACAGAGUUAGCGCUACAACCAAAAGAAAACCUUCGGCCGCCCCAGCCCUCGAUCACUCCGCGAAGAGGGCACGCCGCGACGACGCAGGCACCCCGGGCACAAAGACUCCCAAGUCCGUCUCGUUUGCUGCCGAGCCCGUCGAGCUGUCCUCCCCGGCCCCCGCGACAAACGGCAAGAAGCCCCCGCGCAAACCGAAGCAGAAGGCCGACGCCAAGAAGCCCGUCAAGGCCCUGCCCACCAAGCAGAACUCGGUCAACCUGCAGUCGGCCCUGGACUACCUGCGCCAGUGGCACGCCGCCCGGGACUCGUGGAAGUUCAACAAGAACCACCAGACGAGGCUGCUCGAGUACGUCUUUGCCGACGAGACCACCAUCCCCGCCGUCGACAUCAACAUCUUCUACGAGUACAUCAAGCCGCUGAAGGGCUACGUCCGGAAACGGCUGCAGGAGAGCGCCGGCGACAUCAGGCAGAAGGACAUGGAGCAGGGCGCCGAUGCCUUCUCAUCCUCGUCGAAAGACGUCGCCGAGAGGAAGCAGAAGGAGUACGAUGAGAUCAUAGCCGGCUUCCUCCGCGAAGGCCGGACCCCCGAGAAGAGGAGGUUCGAGGAGGUCGAGUAUGUGCUGCGCACCACCGACAUGGAGAUGCAGCGGAGGGUCGUCAAGCGCAUGCGCGCCGAGGUCGUCCUGGAGGAGCUCUCGGAGAGCGAAGAGUCCGACACGACGUCCAGCAGCGCCACGGCCACCGAGCAGGAGCCCGAGAGCACGUCGUCGCAGGCCGCGGGCGAGCCCGGACCGGCGGCCGACGACGGGGACAAGCGAGUCAAGCUCAACGACGGCACCCAGCGCAGGAUAAGGAGGAAGAAGGUGCGCACGGCCGAGAUCGACGACGACAGCAGUUCCUCGUCCGACGACUCGGACUCGGACGACGACACCAGCAGCAGCGGCAGCGAUAGCUCCUCGGAGGACUCAGAUGAUGAGGACGCUAUGGAGGUCGACCCUGCGCGCGACGAAGCUGACACAUCGUCGUCGAGCAGUUCGUCGUCCUCCGGGUCUGACUCGGAAGACGACUCGAGCGAAGAGGAUGACGAAUAA